UUUUCUUUUCUCCUUCGGAUCUUCCCUCUCUUUAAUACUCCAACACACCCCCUCUUGCGUUUGUGAUUUUAUUGCGGUUCAUAAAUCCUGUGUGCCGACCCAGCUCGCGCGUGUAAUAGAAACAGAGCGAGACAGAGACACGCAGAGAGAGAGAGAGAGUGAGAGAGAAACGAUCUGAUCUCAUUUCAUUUCCUCGUUUCCUUCUUCUGCGAGGGAAAUUUAAUUUGAUUUUCUACUUUGAAUUCUCUCAGAGAGAGAGAGAGAGAGAGAGACAGAGAUUAAUAUACUAGUGAGACGCUCCUUCACUCUCUUGAAUUUCAAAACUAGAGAGAGAGAGAGAGAAAACGAUGUUUGCGGCGGAGAACGGUCUGAAAGGAGAUCCAAGGCUGGAAGCUAUAUCGGCAGCCAUUAGAGUAGUUCCUAAUUUCCCCAAGAAAGGGAUCAUGUUUCAGGACAUAACAACGUUGUUGCUGGAUCACACGGCGUUUAAACAUACAGAUGAUAUCUUUGUAGAUCGCUACAAAGACAUGCAAAUCUCUGUCGUUGCUGGGUACUCGGAUCGCUGCAACCAUUAUGCCAAACGAGUUUCCCACUCGCUGGAAAGAAAUCAAACAGGGACAGUGGAUUCGGAUUUUCAACUUUCAUGUUAAAGAAGCUAUUGGAUCAAUGCUUACAACGAUCAAUAAACAUCGUUUGCAGUUAACUUCUGUCACUAUUAUCACCCCUAUUCGAACGAGGUCGUACAAUUUGUAUCUCCAUUGCUUCCGAUUUUAUGAUAUUGUGGAUCGAACCAUUCCUUUCGACAAUCUGAUUGAAGUUAUGGGAACUAUUGUGAAUAUGGGUCCACUCUGCAAUGCAAGUAAUGAUGCUUAUGAAGAGAAUCUCGCUUAUCUCCGAUUUGAGAUAGUAGAUGCACGAAGAGAAGGUCGGUUAGCAUGUUACGCCCGUGGUUCUCUAGCAAUAAGUCUCCAUGAUGUAUAUCUGAGAAACACAUGUGAAUCGGUUGUCUGGGUGUUAAAGUUCUGGAAGAUGACAAAUGGCCAAGGAGUCGAUAAGAAGUCUAUGGUUCUCCAAUCUAAUGAUCUAUGCUCAGAUUUUUUGUACAAUCCUAUCGAUGCAAAAGUUGAUGCAUUUAGAGCGACGCGGAACCAACUACGGACGAGAGCAUCGACUGUUUGAUGUUAUUUGUAGACUUCCUCUAUUCUGCCUCUCUAUUUACACUGUUUCUUCUUUGU